AGUCGGUCGCGGUCCGAAAUGAACGGGCGGAUUUGAACCAACAAUCGCAAUCCAACGGCCCCAAAUGCAGCCCUAAACCAAAGACCACUCGAAGAGAACCCAGGGCCGCUCUUCCUGGACCUCCUCCGCCACCAGCCCGCCGGCGGCGGUCCAGUGUUCCUCCUCGCUGCCGCCGCCUCACACCGCAUCUGAGUAGUCCUCCUCCAAAAUAGGAUCCCACAACUCGGAGGAGUAGAAGAGAAGCAAAUCCAACCACGCGCUCCCUGAACAUUGAACAGGGGAGAGAGGGGAGGAGGUGCAGGGAGCGCGAUUCAUCUGACCCCGGUGCGUCGCCGUAGCAGUCGAUCGAUGGCCAAGAAGCCGGCCGCAUGCCCCAGGGCUUGAGAUUGAUUGAAGAGAUGGUCUGAACUGGGGUGGUUCACAGCACAGGGAAGCCGGUACGCAACCCUAGACCCUAGCUAGCAGCAGGCCCCAAAAGCAACGCAAAGAUGGAGGUCGGUGGGGGCAGGGGAAGCAGGGUUAAUGCACAAGUGCAGACUGCAGCGUAAGAUCAAACGCGGGAACGCACAGCUCACCUACUCCGGUCUCGUAUGGAAAUGGAAGAAACACAAGAAUGAUCGAUGCAGAAGUGUCCUCAAGGCAGACGAUGUUAUCCUCGGAAGCAAAGAUGGUGUAGGUUCGUCCAUGAAACCAACCCAGGCCAUAUUGCGCAGACCUGAUGUACAUCCGCUGUGAGAAGUGCAGAAACUGGUCCCAUGGAGAUGCCUUGGGACUUGAGGAGGCAAGGCUGGGUGAAGUCAUAUACUACAGAUGCUGCAGGUGCCGGAGGAAGGCGAGAUGUCCUCAUUCAGACGAUUAUCAUCCUAAGAGGUCUGAAGCAGAACCCAUCAGCCAAGAAAAUGCAGCUGGUAUUCUGUCAAGUGCAGAAGCUGUUGGCGCAGCAGGCGACAAUUCAUCAUAUGCUUCAUUUGGUAGAGUCGAAAACCCCGUAGAAGAAACAGUUGAUGCAUAUUCCCCAGUGGACACGGAAAGCUUUGUCCCAGAAAGUAAUGAAGACAUAAACUUUGUGGAUGGUUCUUCCCAUUCUACACAUCCAUUUGAUAAGGAAGAAAUUAAGCAGGUUAUGAAGGAUGUUCGGCCACAUGAUGCAUGCUUUUCAUGGCACACACCUGGUAAUGGUAGCUGCCGGCCAUUGGACUCUGUGGAUGGUUUUCCCCCACCAGCUCCCACGGUGGAGACCAACUUGGACAAAAACCAAACUGUCAUACUUCAGCGAGCUUUUGAUAGUUUUCGGGUGAUUGCUGCGGAGACUGGCUCAUUAUAUGAGCGGCUAAGAGAGAGGGACCUUCUCACCAAUGAUGAGAUCAUGGGGACAUUGGACAUGCUUCAGGAAAUUGCUCUACACCGUAUGCAGGAUAUUGCCUGCUGCCAAGUUGAUGACAUAAUCUACCCUGAGGUCACAGAACAACCGAUGCACAAUGCAAACACCACCACCACUACCCGGCCAUCUGAUGACGAGAGUAGUUCUAGGACUUCAGCACCAGAUGCAUAAUGAACUAUGCUACCAAGCAAUUGACCUUGAGGGUGUGUAUUUUAUUCAAGAAAUCUGGGCAUUGUACUUUAGUAAUAUAAAUGGCUAUGUUCUACCUUUCCAGCAAAAGGUAAUUUCACCUUGCCAGUGGUUAUGCUCUUUUUUUCUCGAGAAAAGCCUUUGCAUCUCUGCUUUUUAUGGAAAAGCAACAAGGUGGUGACGCUCUUGAAAAUAGUUUCCUGUUAUUUUAUUAAGGUAAAGAAAGUAAUUUGUUAUUAUGGUAAUGCGCUGUUUGCUACACUAAGGCAUUUGGCAGCGUAGUUUUAGUUCUAUGAAUGCUAUCAUAUGACUGUGCAAUUUACUGGAAAAAAAUAUAUUCAGCUUAAAAGAUCAUUUCAUCUUGGACUUUUUGUUUCUGUCACUAAGCGUGAACCUGUACUUAAUUAUGCCAGUGAACUUCGUGUUGUUUGGAUGUUGCCAUUCUUCCCUUGGCUCCCUUUUUUUAGGCCAUCCCGGUCAGCUUGGUCGUGUUUGACUGAACAUAGCAGUUAUAAUUUUGCAUGCUUCCUAAAAAGAUCAAAACACCUUCCAUUGACUGAUAACAGGAUCACCAUAAUUCGAGGUAAUUUCUAUUUGGUUCCACUGGACCCUUCUUCUAUAAUCUGUGCGUGGGCCCUCGCCUCCUUUUCCUCAGCCACUAUAGCCUGAGCUUUUUCCCCAGCUGUUAUACUAGUGAAGAAUCCACAUGACUGGAGGUGAUAAACGUCAGGGUGACGACAGACGUAGAUGAUGAAGUGCCAUACCCCUUCCAGAGACAGACGAUGCGGUGACAGCCGUGGGUGGUGGAGGCAGGCAGUGUCAGACAUCUCGAGUGCAUGAUUAGACAAUAGCCCCCGUAGGGUACUGUUAGUCGUGUUGCACGAUGAAAUAAAAGCUAGGUGGUGUCGUGAUACGAGGCACGCAGUUUCCUGUGGCAUGGGAGGAUGGGGCACCGUUGCUGACUGCCCACAACCCUGUAGCCAAUUUCACAGUAACUAGAGCUACCAUCUCAAAUCAAGUAGAUGGUCAUGACUUUCCAUCCAUGAGCAAAACAAAUGGUCUAGUACUUCACCAUGAUCGAAUUGGGGUGACCCUGGAGCCUACACGAGGUUAUUGUGAGAUGGGUAUUGGAGGCUGUGAAUUUAUUUUGGUAUCUACGGUGCUUUUGUUUGUUAUUUUAGGCAUGUACUUGCACUGCAGACUGUUCAUCCCAGCCAUGCAGAUAGUCCAUGACAGAGUUUGCCCUAAACUUGACGACACAUCACAAAGUGGAAAGAUGUGGGUAGAACAGUCUUUUUACGCCCUUAACUGACAGUAUUUAGUUAGGCCUACAAUGGGUAAAACAAAAUUGGGGCUUAUGGGAGGGAGAGUGACGACACACAUAUUAAUUGGUGUAAUGAUGAUCGAGAUCAUACUUAGUUUUUUUCAAAGAGAUCACACUUGGUGGCAAAAGCAAGCUACCAUUUCAUCUUUUACUAAUUUGUCCUGUGGACUGCUAAAACUAGAAGGAUGCUUUGACACAUCGAUGCGUAUACAGCAGGUUGGUAUUCUCUGCAAAAAAAAAAAAACAGGUUGAUCAAUCUGAUAAUU